UUUAGUGGUCUUAAUGGAGAUAUCUUGCUAAUAGUAUAUUGAAAAAUUGCCAAUCUGUACAAUGAAUUCCUACCCGGGAGACGUGAAGGACAUUUACCACAAGAGUGCGUCCGUGGAUUUCCUGCCGGAAAUCGAUACGGAUCCACUGUGCUGUUGUGAAUAUUUUGAUCACACCGGGGAUAGGAACCACAUACUCGCUUGCUGCUGCAACUGCGUGGAUGUGGACGAAUCUUUCGACAGUCUCAUUUCUGGUCGUACGGUUCCGGUGGAAAAGCAGCGGGGCAUGCUGCUCACUUUCCAGGACCGACUCCGCAUUCCGUGGCGGGGCGGUGCAAAGCAGAUCACCGUGGACAAUGUCCUGCCGGUGGUACUCCUCGUCAGUCUGCAGCUGCUUGCGGCUCUGGACUUCUACUGCUGUUUGGUCGUUUUUGCAUUGAUACCACUAUUGUUGGCCUACCUGAAACGGUUCCUCGGUCGGGUUUUACCCAAGACCAAAUUUUUCGCACUAUGGAUGUUCUGGAGUGGCAUCUAUCUCGUGGCACUAUUCGAACUGGCCGUUCCUCUGUUGGAACUUUUGCCGGAGGAAAACGUUGCAUUUGUCCUGCUGAUGACUUUGUCAUUUUUUUGCUUCUACAAAACUAACCAACGGGCAGCCAUGAACCACAUCUGCCAGGUGCAAUACAAGGAAGAUUCCUCAUCGAUGAUCAACGGCGACUCACAGACGUCCAUACUGAUUUCGGAUCGUGAGGAUUCGGAUGAAAGCGACGGUCGAUUGGCAUGCCAAAUUUGUCGCAAAUAUGUUCCUCCUCGGACGUACCACUGCAAGGUUUGCGGAACGUGCAUAAUCAAGCAGGAUCAUCACAGCGUUUGGCUUAACUGUUGCGUGGGCCGUUCCAACCACAGAUACUUUCUCGGUGGAUGCGUCUUCUCGCUGUUGGCACUGUGGCUGUUCGCCAACCUAGCGCUGACGUCCGUCUGCCAUCCCACUCCGAUUUUCACCGUAUUUGGAGUUACUGUUAUGUUGCCCGAUGAUUGCACUGACAUCUUCUUCCAGUACGAUAUUGCACUUAGUUUUACUGGCGCGGUUUACGCACUGAUGAUGUCGGUAUUCAUAUUGAUCUCGCUGCUGAAACAGUCAUGUUUUAUUUCCCGUGGCUGCACCGGUAUCGAGUGGCAGCGGGAUGAGCACGUAAACCGGCGCAACUGCCUCGUAAACUGGAAAAUGUUCUGCAUGGGACAAUAACUUUCGUUGCUGUGACAAAGGUAUGUAUAAAUAUGAACAACACAAGGCAACAUUUUUAAAACAAUUUUGAUAAAGUCUAACUAACAAUAACGAAAAGACAACAAAACGAAUCCUUACCUUCGAAUUGAUUGUUUUUUCUAUGUAUUGUAUCAGUUGAAUCUGAUUUAUGUUUCCUGUUUCAUGUUUUUCCUGCUUCUGCAAAUUAUAUUCUAUUAUCCUAAUGAUUAAAAACAAUAUUUCAAGUUAAAAAAAUAUCUUGAAGAAAAAUACAACUUAUAGGUAGUGACAUUGAAACAAACUAGUACCAGUAUCUCUUUAACUUCUAAAUAACACAAAACUAUUACAAACUGGUAUCAGUGGAUUGCUGAUAACAUAUUUAAGAAAAAAAUUGAGAAUAUAAAUUCGUCGUAGGGUUUAAUUUUCCUCUGUAAAAAAAGUUAGAAGAAAUUAAAUCUAAGCGGUACAGUAGACUGAUUGAAGUUUACGGUUAAUGGUGCAAACACUCGUAGCCAUAUUAUAUCAUCUUAAUGUUUUGUAUUAAAUCUAUUACUUAUAAUUAAUCGUGAGGAUAGCGUUGAAAUUUUAAUAACGAGAAAACAGUAUAGUGAUUCACAAGGUGCUGUUUUUGAGUAAUAACCAAAGGUUAGUUUUAAUCCUAGGCGAAAAUAGUUAUCGAACUAUUACGUUACAACAUCUUAACACCAAUUAGUUCCACUUUGGCAACAUUGCUGCCUUUAUUACUGUCAAGCUUUUAUUGCAAACAAUUGUUUUAGUCCCAACUUUUACUUAAGUAUAAGAUACCUACUUAUUAAUCAAAAGAACAAACAAAAAAUAAUGCAAACUUAAAAUCAAAUCAGCAGUCAAAGUUUCAUGCAAAGUUAUUCAAAUAGACAUUGAAGUAAAAAAUAAAACUAGAUUUAGGAGAUCAUUAUCAGCUCUCA